AGAUAAAAUAACAAACGUAUUUCAGGAUUUGAAUAUUUAAGAUAGUUAUUUAAACGAAAAAAUGCAGAAAUAUAACAAUGGACCAGGUGGUUCUUCAUCUUCAUGUCCUGAAAAAAUCAAGAAAGAAAUAAAUAACUUCGAUGACAAUCAGAAUUCCUCAGAGCGUAAAUCCAUAAAUAUCGGUGUUGACUAUCUAUUCAAUGAUUCUGAUUCAGUUUUAUAUUCUUUGCCAAUACAAAUUCCCUCAGAAUCAGUCACAUCAAAUAAAGUCACUAUCAGACAACAGCAAAUUGCACGAAAUGAAUAUUACAAAGAACGCUUAAGGGAAUCAAAGGAAGAACGCAGAUUGAUGAGUGCAAGAUAUAGAAAAAUUGAAAAAGUUAGAGCCGCAGAGAGAAGAAAAGAAUUGCAAGAGAUGUUGAAUUUGUUGAAAGAUAAAUUCAAUUAAAAUUGUCGAAUAAAAAACUCAUUGCAAGAAUAUAAGCAUUCAAAUGCUUUCUCAGGGAACUUAUGCACAAACGACGAAUCCAUUGAAUUUUUUGUUUUUUUUUUUUAUAUAAAUUAUGUGUUAUUUAUUUUUGUAUACAUUCUUAUUCUUAUUCUUAUGGUUUAUGUUGUUAAUGGGUAUAUUAUGAAAUGUUCAUAAUAAUAAAAUUAAAAGAAAUCGAGCUUGCUUUUUAGCUGCAUGCUG